ACGAAUUAUACUGCAUAUCCUUUCCAUUGUGACGUCAUCGAAUUUUUAACUUAUCGCCGGUCAUUGCUUGUUGCGUAUGGAUGCAUGUACAUAAUAAAUACACACGUAUAUACCUGCGAGCGUAGUGCUGCCGCAUUGCCAUCACUGUCAUCAUGGCAACGUUAAUGUUGUCCUUAACGUUCCUACCGCUUCGACACGCCCGAUCGAAAUUAUUAGCUUUCCCUAAGUCACGAACCAACUGCUUCUUGAUCGGUAAAAAAUCGAUCGCUUGCUACUCCAGUCAAUCCCCAAUGUACGAUUUGAUCGUUAUCGGCGGAGGUUCAGGCGGCUUAGCCGCUGCCAAGGAAGCUGUCGAACUUGGGGCUAAGGUUGCAGUAUUGGACUUUGUCACUCCUUCACCCCAGGGUACUAAAUGGGGUCUUGGUGGAACGUGCGUUAAUGUUGGUUGUAUUCCAAAAAAAUUGAUGCAUCAGGCAGCUUUGCUUGGUGAAGCAGUUCAUGAAGCUGUUGCUUAUGGAUGGCAAAUACCGAAUCCAAAAACUGUACAGAACGACUGGCAUGCCUUGACGACUGCUGUGCAAAAUCAUGUCAAGUCAGUCAAUUGGGUUACUCGUGUCGAACUACGAAACAAGAAAGUUGAAUAUAUAAAUGCUCUGGGUUAUCUUAAAGAUGCCAACACAGUUGUUGGAGUUAUGAAAAAUGGAGACGAGAAAGUCCUGAAUGCAAAGAAUAUCUUGAUCGCCGUCGGUGGUAGGCCGAGAUACCCAGAUAUACCCGGAGCUUUGGAAUACGCUAUAACCAGUGAUGAUAUUUUCAGUUUAGAUAGGGCACCGGGCAAAACCUUAGUCGUCGGUGCUGGAUAUAUUGGAUUAGAAUGUGCUGGAUUUUUGAAUGGACUGGGUUACGAUGCAACAAUUAUGGUGCGCUCCAUUGUACUGAGAGGAUUUGACCAACAGAUGGCAAAUAUCGUAGCAGAAGAAAUGGAACAACGUGGUGUCCACUUCAUUUACCAGGCUAAGCCCAAGGCUAUCGAAAAACAGGAUGACGGCCGUUUACUCGUCCAUUGGGUGGAUCGUGAUGGAGCUCUACAUCAAGAUGCUUAUGACACUGUACUUUUUGCCAUUGGACGCCGAGCACUGACUCAAGAACUGAAACCUGAGAAUGUUGGUCUUAAACUUGUCCCGGAUUCUGGAAAAAUUGACGCCGUCAAUGAGCAGACCAACAUCCCGAACAUUUAUGCUGUUGGCGAUGUACUCCACAAAAAACCAGAACUUACCCCGGUCGCGAUUCAUGCUGGCCGACUCUUGGCUAGGAGGUUAUUCGGUGGUGCUACUGAAAACAUGGACUAUACAAAUGUUGCAACUACCGUCUUUAGCCCCCUUGAAUAUGGUUGUGUUGGACUUAGCGAAGAGCAAGCCAUCGCCAUACAUGGGGACGACAAUGUGGAGAUCUACCAUGCCUACUACAAGCCAACAGAAUUUUUUGUACCCCAGAAGAAUGUUACUCAUUGUUACGUGAAAGUUGUCACUCUGCGAAAUGACGACCAGCAAGUCAUCGGAAUGCACUUUGUUGGUCCCAAUGCUGGCGAAGUUAUUCAAGGCUUUGCUGCGGCUGUUAAAUGCAAAUUGACUUUCCGAAUACUCAAGUCCACCGUCGGGAUUCACCCAACAACAGCUGAGGAAUUCACGAGAAUCAGUAUCACAAAGCGAUCUGGAAUGGAUCCGACGCCACAGAGUUGUUGCAGUUAGGGUAACAUUAGCAAAGAUAAUUGAACUUCUGAUACUGUUUCCGGUUGGCUCAGCAUCAUCUGAUAUUGACAUUGUUACUCUGCCAAGCUGCGAUAAGGAGAAUAGUUAUUAGCAAGAUUACGAUUGACACUUUCCUCUAUCACUCGUUUAGAUAUUACCUUGCACAAUGAGUUGUAAGGCUGCAAGCAUGGAUGUAUCAUACUCUGUAGCAUCAUAUAAGAUUCUUUAUAUAAUGAAAGACAUUUACGUCAGUGCAGGUAUAAAUGAAACGUACUUUCCACAGCAAACUGCUGUUAUGCAUUAUUAUGCAUAGUAAAACGAUGUUAUUUUAUGUCAUGAUUUAUUCCGCCAAGUUUGUCAAAUUUCAACAUCAGUAGAAUAUGUGUAAGAUUCAGGUAUAGAGUGAGUUAUUGGAUCAAAUUCUUAAAAUUUUUUUUAUUUUCAUUGAUUUACUUAUCAAAAACUGGUGUCUGGGACAAAAUAAAGUUUGAAUAAUUAUUACAGCGUGGCAUGUAAAAUAAACAAUAUUCUACACAAUAUUCAAUAAGUUA